AUGGGAGCUGAAAAAGAAAAUUUACCUCCCGCCAAAUAUUUCUUGCAAAAAUUGGAUCACUCCAGUCCAACAGACCAGAGAUAUUGGGAACAGAGAUAUUUCGUAAAUGAAAGUUUUUAUGAUUUUAACAAUCCUGGACCUGUUUUUCUGAUGAUUGGUGGCGAAGGUACUGCUGAUCCACGAUGGAUGGUUAAAGGAACAUGGAUUGAUUAUGCGAUUCAUUUUAAAGCACUCUGCAUUCAACUGGAACAUCGUUACUAUGGACAAAGUCGGCCAACUAUGGAUCUCAGUGUUAAAAACCUUCAAUACUUAUCAUCAUAUCAAGCGCUGGCAGAUUUGGCUUACUUCAUAAAUGCUAUGAAUAAUAAAUACAAGUUCAAUAAAGAAGUUAAAUGGGUUGUGUUUGGAGGUUCCUAUCCUGGUUCUUUGGCAGCUUGGAUGAGACUUAAAUACCCACAUUUGGUUCAUGCCGCUGUUUCUUCUAGCGGACCGCUUGUGGCCAAAGUAAAUUUUAUGGAAUACUUCCAAGUGGUAGUGAAUGCUCUCCGUGAGAAGACUGGCAGCGAAGAUUGUGUCGGGCAAGUGAAGUUGGCUCACAAACAGAUACAAGAAAUUAUCAAAACUGACCCUGCUACUAUUGAACGAGAGUUUAGAGUUUGCAAACCUUUUUCCAAAGCAUCUCAGAAUGACAUGAAGAACUUUUACAACUCCAUAGCCGAUGAUUUUGCGGAUUUAGUUCAAUAUAAUGAAGACAAUCGUAUCAGCGGUGACAAGAAGUAUAAGAAUCUUACAAUCAACACGGUGUGUGAUAUGUUAACUGAGCCAGGUGGUAAGCCAGCAUUCAAGAGGCUAGCGGCCUACAAUUCAAUAGUACUGAAUAAAUCCAAUCAAUCCUGCUUGGACUACAGUUAUGACAACAUGAUAAAGGAACUGAGAAAUACUAGUUGGGGAUCCGAAGGAGGCCGUCAAUGGAUGUACCAGACCUGCACAGAGUUUGGUUUUUAUCAGACCUCAUCCAGCGAGAUAGAAGUAUUCGGAGACUUCUCAAUAGAGUUCUUCAUACAGCAGUGCAGGGACGUCUUUGGUAACAAAUUUAACGAUGCUUUUAUAAACGAUGCGGCCAAAUGGACGAACAGUGACUACGGUGGGUUGAAUAUACCGGCUAAGAGAGUUGUGUACGUGCAUGGCUCUAUAGACCCGUGGCACGCCCUCGGAAUGACCACCACUGAGGAAAACGACGCUCCAGCUAUAUACAUCAGAGGCAAGAAUAUAAAUAUUUAUACGACUGGAUCGAUUUUGAUGAAAUUUUUUGUACAGCCCACUGCGCGAACAUGUACCCUGCUAGCAAGAACGAUAAUCCUGGGCUUGUGUCGGCGAGGAUGGAAGUCCGCAGCUACUUGGAGUCCUGGCUCGGGAUGCCAUGACCCACCGGCGUCACGAGGCUCUGAGAGGGGAAGUCCCACGUUAUGUGGGGACGGCGGAUAA